AUGCAUCUUCCUCCCAACGAUACCAGCGGAUCGGAGCUGAGCCCUCGAGAGAUCGAGGUCCUCAUUACCAUCGAGCGGACUGGUGCAGGUCUCUCGAUGGUGGCAAUCACGCUCACUUUGCUGUCUUUCUCCAUAUUCAAGAAGCUUCGAACCACUCCUAACAUAUUCAUCGUCCUGGCUUCCAUUGCCAACGCUGGCGCGAGCAUCGCUUCCAUGAUUGGCUACGAUGGCCUCGACAGGGGCGAAAGGUCUGCUCUCUGCCAGGGACAAGGUUUCAUCUUCGAAUGGUUCAUGCAAUCGGACCCUUGGUGGUCAUUUGCCAUGGCUUUCAAUGUCUUUCUCGUCUUCUUCUACAACGCCAGCCCUGCUACCUUUCGGAAGCGCAUCUGGAUCUACUGCAUCAUCUGCUUCGGUGGUCCCUUGGUGCCCGCCGUCGUCUUGGUUUCUAUUCACGACGAUGCAAAAGGUCCUGUCUUUGGGAAUGCAUCGCUUUGGUGCUGGGUUGACUCAAACUGGAGCCUAGUACGCCUUUAUGCGUAUUACAUCCCCAUUUGGAUCUGCAUUUUUGGAUCCAUCGUCAUCUACGUAGCUGUGGGAUAUCACGUAUUCCGCAACAGGAACCGUCUUCGCAACUUUGCAGUCCAUAUCCAACCAAGAACUAAGAGGAUUGAGUCGGGUGGAGCCAGCGAAGCUGGAGACUCUACUGACGAGAGCCUCACUCGGAGACAAGACUACUAUGGCACUGCAACCACCGAAGUCCAGAUCACAUCUAAUACUCCCGACAAUGAUGACUUUUCUCUCCCCAUGAUUCCUCCUGCCAUUUAUUCACAUGGUCCCGCCGUUGCGUCAUGCGGCCGAUCAUGGGCAGUACCUCAAACAGGGGGUUACUAUUCUCGAAAUAUUGAGAGAAUUUCCCGACAGAAUGCAGCUCUUCCCUCUACACAGCCAAAUCCAGCACUUACAGUGUUUUCCUACUUGAGGACUGUAAAGUCAAAUGCUUCCUUGAAACUGAAGCGACUUGAUCCCGUCAAGAUGGCCUACUUACGCACCAGCUUCAUCUUCGGUUUUGCCAUUUUGAUCACCUGGAUCCCAAGUUCUGUCAACCGGCUCUACAGCCUCACAUAUCAUGGCCGUGUUAACUUCCAGCUCAGUAUUGCUAGCGGGUGUGUGUUGCCGUUGCAGGGAGUUUGGAACGCCCUAAUCUACUUCACCACGAGCUAG